GUCUCCUUCCUUUCAGAAAGACGUAUUUAGUGAAGAGCAGGGAAGACCAGUCAGAACAAGAUGCAGACCUGGAAGUGGUUGGGUUGUGUCAGGCUCACUCUGGUGCUGUACUUUGUGAAAGUUUCACAGCAGGGCACAUACCAAAGGAAACUCUACCGGGACUUGCUGAAAAACUACAAUCGCUUGGAACGUCCUGUACUGAAUGAGUCACAGCCACUCACUGUUGAUCUGGGAGUGACCUUAAUACAGAUAAUUGAUGUGGAUGAGAAAAAUCAAGUGCUGAUCACAAAUGUUUGGCUGCAUAUGCACUGGAAAGACUGCUACCUAAAGUGGAAUGUUACUGAAUAUGGAGGUAUACGCACCUUGCACUUUCCUUCAGAUUAUGUGUGGGUCCCAGAUAUUCUUCUCUAUAACAGUGCUGAUGAAAGAUUUGAUGCAACCUUUCACACCAAUGUUCUUGUAAAUUCAACUGGACAUAGUCAAUACCUCCCACCAGGUAUUCUGAAGAGUACAUGUUACAUUGAUGUCCGCUGGUUCCCCUUUGAUGUCCAAAGAUGUGAUUUAAAAUUUGGCUCAUGGACACAUGAUGGUUGGUUAGUGGACCUGCAGAUGUUGGAAGCUGACACUUCUACUUAUUUGCCAAAUGGAGAAUGGGACCUUGUUGGAGUACCAGGAAAGAGAAAUGAGAUCCAUUAUGAUUGCUGUGAAGAACCGUAUCCAGAUGUAACCUACACUGUGCUGAUACGCAGGCGUACUCUCUAUUAUGGCCUAAACUUGCUGAUUCCAUGUCUCUUAAUAUCUGGACUGGCACUCCUUGUAUUCCUGUUACCCGCUGACUCUGGAGAGAAGAUUUCAUUAGGAAUCACUGUGCUCUUGUCCUUAACGGUAUUCAUGCUACUUGUAGCUGAAAUAAUGCCAGCAACAUCUGACUCUGUCCCUUUGAUUGCUCGGUACUUUGCAGCGACAAUGUUCAUCGUGGGCUUGUCUGUGGUCGUCACUGUGCUGGUCCUUCAGCUUCAUUACCACGAUCCUCAUGGAGGAAAGAUGCCAAAGUGGGUCCGAGUGGUGUUGUUGAAUUGGUGUGCUUGGUUUCUUCGCAUGAAGAAGCCCGGAGAUGGAAGGAGCAGUGUGCCUUGCAGGUACAAUCAGCAGCAGCAACAAAGCUUCAGCACUGUGGAGAUGAGUGGAAUGCCCAGUCAGCGGUCUGGCAAUGGCAACAUGAUCUACUUCGGCUAUCACACUAUGGAGAACCCAUGCUGCCCUGUCAGUGCUGACUCAGGUAUGAUGUGCGGUCGGAUCACUUGCUCGCCUUCCAAGGACAGUGGCUGUGCCCAGAGUACCCCUAUGGUUGGAAGCUCUCUGGAGAUUGUGAAGAUUCUAGAGGAGCUUCAGUUCAUUGCCAAGCGUUUCCGGGACCAAGAUGAGGGUGAAGUCCUCUGCAGUGAAUGGAAGUUUGCUGCUGCCGUGGUUGACAGAUUGUGCUUAGUGGCAUUUACAGUGUUUUCUAUAAUUUGUACAUUUGCCAUUUUAAUGUCAGCCCCUAAUUUCAUAGAAGCAGUUUCAAAAGAUUUUGCAUGA